CCCCGGUUCACAUUCCAAACGCACGCAAAGACAAUGAUCAAGUAAUCAUGGCUCGCUCUAAACGUACCAAGACGCAGCCAUCUGCUGCCGCGAAUGAGGACCGGGAUGCUCACGAGAAUAGCGUCGGCAGCGCCACAGAUGCUGCCACUGCGGAUAGCCUGCACAUUGACGACCCUGUUCUCGACGAGGAGGAAAUACCCCGGGAGCCAACAAGCCCGGCGUCGGGUCAGCCCGUGGACACCUCGGGAGGCCGCCGAGGAGGAACUUACGCAGGGGCGAGCCGAUAUAACGAAAUCAAGUCGUUCAACGGCCAGAUCUAUUCCGGAAUGGCGGUCGGCGGGUCGCAUACCUGGAAUUACGACCCGGGUGUUUGGCACGAGACAAAGGAGGAGCCCGACCUGUGGAAGAUUGAUUACAAGACGCAUAAGAGGAGGGCGAGCACGGCCCCGAAAGGGAGUGGCGCCCCAGUGGGGACUGAGUACCACUGGUUGAUCGUUGCUCACCAGUAUGUUAAGAAGGAAGACGCCAACACGUACGAGACGCAUCUCGUUGGAUCGAAAUACAAGCUCGCUCACAAGGCAGCCUCCUCCAACUCCUGGUCAGUCCCCACCGUCAAGGGCCAGAGAGAGCGGGAGCUUGAGCUUCUCGAAGAUGCUGGGCGGCGUAUCCAGGGGCUACCACCUGUGCUACGUGGAGAGAAAGUCCGAGUCGAGAAGCAUGAAAGGGGGCAACAAAAACUUGAUACUCUGUUCCAGAAGGUAGGACAGGGCACAGGCUCGGAUGGAAAGAAGAGGAAGAGAGAGGAGGAGGAAAACCCAGAUGAUAUGUGAGGAAGGGGCUAAAACACAUGGAGAGGACAAUUGGUGGCUCCCAGCAGACUCGAGUGAUUCGGCGGAUCGGUCGCGUUGCUGCCCAGCUGUGUUAGCGUGCAACCUAUUCUAUGCUGGCCCGGCCCAGUUGUCUAUCUCUAACUUGGAAUUUCAUGCUAGACAGGUCACAGAUUCAGCAGUUGCAAGUGUCCCGCAAACCGUGGAAAAGAAGUUAGUGCCUAGUGUUUCUUAGAGGCUAUGCGUCCCCUACAUUCUACUUGCCGACAGAAACAGGACAGAGCGAAAAAGAGAUACAUCGAGUAGGGCGUCCAAUUCUUCCCGUAGAGUAGAAUAUUUGAAGGGG